UUAUCGAAUAGUCCAUUCGUUCUAUUGAUAAUGAUAAGGUGGUAGCUACUUAUGGCGUUGUAGGAGACGAUUGGAUUAUUUUUACAUUUUACAUGUAAUAGUUAUAAUUGAUGACGCUAAUCUCAUAUGAGAUUUCAGCAUUUAUUUACUUAUAAUUUUAGUUAUCGUGUAAUGCUCGUUAUAGUUAUUCGGUGAGAGCGAAUAUUUCUUUGUUUUUUUCAUCCAACAUAUGUUGGACUACUUCAGUUCGUUACAAAUUACGCGUAACAAAUUUUUCUGUACGCGCACAAUGAUUGCAUCAGUAAAUUGUGAUAACUUAGGUUCAAACAACAGUAAAGGAACCAGAAGCCAUUCGGCUCAAGGUCUGGCGAGUUCCGUGUCUAGUUCAGCAAUGAAGAUACCGUUACCUCCUCGUCCAUGGAUCACAGAUGCAGAAGAUGAUUCAUCAGAUGACAUGGACAGUAGUAGUAUUAUAAAAGACGAGGGCCUGAUUGCUAUGGAAAGAACGAGAAUGAGGUCAAGAUAUCGACACCAUAAACAAAGACAAGUUAAUGUACCUAUUGGAAUAUUUUGGGAUAUUGAAAAUUGCCAGAUACCAAGAGGUUGUUCUGCUAUAGAACUGGUGGCUGCGAUACGAGCAAAGUUUGUAAGGGAUGGAAGAAGAGAAGCUGACUUUGUAGUUGUUUGUGAUGUUCGGAAGGAAACAACCACAAGACUCUUAGAACUUAAUGAUGCUCAAGUGAGCUUAAUACAUGUCUGUAGAACUCAGAAAAAUGCGUCGGAUGAUAAACUUCGCCAGUGUAUGAGGAGGUUUGGUGAUCUCCACUCAUCACCGGCUGCUAUAUUAUUGAUAUCUGGCGAUAUUGACUUUGCUGCAGAUUUAACUGACUUCAGAUAUAGGAAAAACAUGGAAGUGAUAUUGGUGCACAAAAAGAACACUUCGGCGGCUUUAAUUGCAUGUGCCUCGUCUCAUUAUUGCUUUGAGGAGAUCGCCUCUACUCUGCCCAGAAAGGUAUCAAAGAGUGAGGACGACACUCCAACUUGUGAAGUGGAAGUGUUAAACUUGCCCAUCCACCAACCACCUGAGCUGGUAUCUAUAAGACUCCGCCAUCUUGCCAAAAAGUCUGGUGGCAGGGUUGUCUCUGUCACCGCUCCUACUGCAAUACUUAAGUUUUCUACGCCGGACCAUGCAUCGAGAGCUCUGAUGCGUAUGGACGGGGAGGAUGUGUACGGACGUAAGAUAAGUACGCGGUACGCUCGUAGCACUGUACCGCCGACGUACUCCAGUGAUGAAGGGUACAGCACUGCGCCUGCGUCAUACCAGCCACCCGCCUUUGUACCACCGCCUGCCAAGAUAUGCUCAUCGCCUCAAGAGAUGGGCUCGUUCAAUACUCCUUGCAUUUCGAAGGAGUGGGCUAUGGCUCUGAAACAACUGCCGGCGCCUACACCACCACCUCAUGAUUUCUGUCCUCCACCUGCACCCAAACCUAGGAAGAUUAGGGGCACGCAUGGUUACUUUGAGAUGCUGACUCAGCUAUUCAACUUAUACGUACAAACCGUCCGAGUAACUGUUUGGGCGGCUGGGGAGGGUCCUCUAGCGACUGUAGUGCUUCGUUCAGAAUGGGACGCAAGGCUCGCAAUCGCUCGCAUUCACAAACGCCGUCUAGACAACCAAUGGACGGGGCGACGCCUAGAACUGUCUCUAGGCAAGCCCUCCCCGGCUCCCAAUCUAGACGUCCUAAGAGCUAGACUAAGAGCCAUUUUACUUGAUCAAAAGAAUCAUACACUACCUCUUUUGAGACUGAGGGAUGCUUAUGCCAGUCGUCAUUGCUGUGCUUUGACGACUUCAGAUAUAGCUAAGCUUAAAGACACAGUAAUCAUACAUGAAGGGUUUGGUAGAAUGGUUCAGUUGGUGGAUCUAACACCGGUGUCUAGUUCUGAGAUGGAGGAGGCGCCCUGGAAGUGCCAUAUACACGCGUCCAUGAGCACCGGACAAGAAGACGGCAGCCGUAUUCUACAACCCGUCUAUAUGGAGAUCUCGACUCUGGCUAAGAAUGUACAUAUUUUGUUGGAGAAUCAUGGAGGAAUUUUACCGUUGUUAAGUUUCGUGGAGUGCUACGAGUCUCGUUUUGAUGCAUUAGUCUGCGACCCGCGUCACGGCGUGGCUCUGGAACUACUCCUGCGCAGCGUGGAGGGACUGGACGUACGUGACGCGCCCUCUCGACACCUCACGUGGAAGGCCAGGCCUCUCGCACUCACUCCGCCUCUGCCUCAGGCUGCUAAUAGCGAGAGCUCCCGUUCGAGUGGAGAACGCGAGCGGCCACGCACUGCACCUGCGCUAGAACCGAUGCUAGCGUUGUUUGAAAGAGAACUCAUUGACUUGCUGCGUACGGCGCCUAGGUGCUCUAUACCAUUCAGCAAACUUAUACCAGCUUUCCACCACCAUUUCGGUCGCCAAUGCCGUGUAGCCGACUACGGCUUCACUAAACUACCCGACCUACUUGCUGCACUCGGUAAUGCUAUCGUGGUUCUGGGCUCAGGCUCAUCUCGUAUUAUAACAAUAUCGGCGGCGGCACAAAGCCGUCGUUGGACAUCAGAUCUCGUGAAGGUAUUGAAGGGGCAACCGGGGCGAGCAGUGCAGUUGCACGAGCUGCCACACUUGUACCACGCGGUGACAGGCCGGCCAUUCUCCCCCGUGGACUAUGGAGUCUGCACUGUCGCGGAGUUGAUGCAGCGCGUCAAUCCUCAGGCAGUCACCGUCGCACCAGACGGCACCAUCUCCCUGCCACGGCGCCUGCCCACUCCAGAAGAAAGGGCCCGUACACGAGAGUUUGCCAUGCAGGCGGUGGAACUGUUGCGGCACACGGCCAACUUGCGCAUGGAGUUCUCGCGCUUCGUGCCCGCCUACCACGCGCACUUCGGGAGACAACUGCGGGUGGCGCACUACGGCUGCGUCAAGUUGUUGGAACUGUUCGAGCUCAUCCCCGAGGCAGUGGCGGUGUGCGGCGCCGGCGCGGCCGAGCGCAGCGUGCGCCUGCGCGGCGGCGUGGCGCGCGCACUGCUGGCGCGGCGUCUGCGCGCGCUGCCCGCGCUCGCCCUGCGCGACCUGCCGCUGCACUACGCGCACCACUACGGCGCGCCGCCGCAGCCUGACAUGUUGGAAGCUGAUACACUGGAAGGUUUGGUGUACGCUGCGGGCGGCUGUAUUGAGAACAAUAUAGUAGUGGCCCCUGGAGGGUCCCCUACCUGGGCGGGAUGCCUACUGACUGCGUGCGCGGUGCUGUGCGGGGACCGUAGUGUGGCGCGGGGCUCCACGCUGGAGUACUUCACGGCGGCCUACCGCCGCCUGCGGGGGGCGGAGCCCGAGCUGCGGCGCCUCAUGGCGGCCGGCGUCAUCGUGCUGAGCGAGCAGCGCCUCAACGUGUCGCCCGAGUGGCGCGUCGUCUGGCGCCUCGCACAGCUACUGACGGACCGCGCUACGCCCGCUUCGCCCGAAGAAAUAUUCAUCGAGUUUGCUCGUCGUUAUGAACCUGUCUUCCCUGGAGUUGAUCCUAGUGCAGAGGGUGUGGCAGAUUUCCUUCGUCAUUACAUGGAGAUAUUCACGGAAAACGAGACUGGGCGCUGGACCUUAUGCCCCGGUCUCGUGGUACCGCGAUGUCGGGAACUCAUACCAGGCCCUGCGCACGAGGAUUACUCCGUUCAUGAUACACCACCGGGACAGAAGGGCUCCCGUGUGUUUGAAUCGCCAAAGAACAACAUAUGGUGCUCCCCACCUGCCAGCGCGUUGCCCACUCCUACUGCUUUUCUUAACCUCGAGAACAGACGUCGUAUUCGUUUGGCGGCUCACUUCGAAGGUCCAUAAUCCCACCGCGUCGUAUAAGAAGAUGCAUUCCUUAUUUUUGAUGUAGGUUAGUAUUAUACGUGUUCCAAACGCGGCACCUGAAACUUUGGAGUGAUGUGCAUCAGGGUCGCAACGAAUUUUAACUACUAGACUUAUGUAAGUGUCCAAUAAAUUGUGAUGUCUGUAACAAUAAUAUUUUAGAUGUUUAUAUUUUUAUGUGUUUAUUUAGUAUAAGAAAUCUUAUGGUGCAUUCGUCAAAUGUUUUAAGUGCCGAUAUAAAACUAAUGUUCCCCGUCUAUGUACAAAGAGGUAAGUCGUAAGAAUCAUCUUGACCGAAGUCUUCUUUUACUUUAUCUUAGUGUGUAAAUUAUAAUGUUUUGUUUUAAUUGACUAACUAUUAUAUUUCAUGUAUCCAAUGAGUCAGUUUCGUGUGUUGUUUCAAGGUAUGUUUCACAAUGUCUGAUUAAGUUACUGCUCGCUUAGCUGCCAGAUAUUUUGACUUCCUUUGUUACGGGAAACACCAAAUUAUCCGUCAGCUAAGACUAACAAAAAUAAAGUUAAUCAGAUUUUGUGAAACAGGCUGCUAGUCUUUCAAAGUUACUUGUUGAACUAUUAUAUAGAAUUGUUUAGACCUUACAACAGUGUAACUGCGUAACUCUAUUCAAUUUUACCUUGUUUUAUUUUAUAUUUUGACAUUUUAUAUACAGAUUUUUUUUCUUAUAUUUUAUAUUUUGUGGCUCUUCACGUAACAAAGGACUGAACAAGCUUCAAAUGAUACUUUAAGGUACUAAUAAGUUUAUGAAAGAUCUUACAGUAUGUUAUCUACGUAAUAAUUUGUAAGUAGAUAAUGUUACUGCCAUUGAUACGAAUAAAACAAUAAUAAAAACUAAAUGUACAUAUCAUUGAUUUGAGGCUCAAAAUAUGUUAAGAAUAGUUGCUAAGUUUUAUUAAAAUAAACAUCUCGAGCACUUGUAACAUUUUUCGGAUGCCCACGAAAAGUACAAUGAUCAUACAACAUGUUGAUUGUCCUAGAAUUUUAUCGUUUAAUAUAUUUCAGCCACAAAUCUAUUUGCAUGUAUUUUGCUUGUAUUAUUUCGAAAUUACUCUUCAAAUUAUUGUACAGACCUAUUUCUUUUCUCAUUGUGUAGGUGGAUCACAUUCGAAUUUAUGUAAUUUUAGAUAACAUUUACAUUCAUGUUAAGUUCUAUGUUCUACGGUGGUUUACGUAAUACGCCAGUUGUUUGUUGAAUCUCACUUUUGCGAACUGGCCUUAAUGACGUCAAUUAAAAACGUUCAAAGGUUUUAUAAGAGUAUUCAAUGAAUGUAGAUGUAGGUGAUAUUAUUAUUGCUUUGAUAGAAUAUGCUCGUGCCUAGUGCGAUGUUGCUUUAAUUUUAUGACAAUCGUUUGUGUUUUUCUUUAAUUAAAUCUCCUAGUUCCACAUAGUUCCCCAAGAAAGACGUUGAUUUAAGUUCCAUUUGCUCUCGUUGCAAUACAAGUGAUUAUUGUAUUUUGUAACGUUAUUGGCCUCUAAAUCACGCACAGUAAGCUUUAACUUCUGAUUGUGGAAGCAGACUUAAUAAUUUGUACCAAAGCACUAGUUAGAUAUUAUAUUCGGCCAAAUUAUCCUCUACUAGACAUUAUAAUAAUGUGCACUAAUUAUAUCACAUUGGUCGUAAGUUUGUAAACAACCAUUUUUUGUAAAUGGGAAUUAAUUCCUCUAGUCUUUCUAGCAAUGUUUCAUGGGUUUAAUUUUAUUGUACCUUUUAUUUUUAUUUUUUAUAUCUAAAAUAAUUAUUCUAAUCAAGGGUUUGUCUGUCUAACAUAUGUUUUAAAACGACAGCAACCUGCAAUAAGCCAUAGUGAUAAUUUAUUUAGUUAAUAUAAUUUGGAAAUAGUGUUAACAGAUUUAUUUAAUUAUAAAAAUGUUAGAAGUGAUGAGCUAAUGAUUAAUAAUUGUAAAUAGACUUGAGAUUUAGUCUGUAUUCUAAGGCAUUAAUUACCACUGUGAUACUUCUGUACCAUUGAAUGCCAUACUUGGUUUCAACUCGAUGUAAUAAGCGAUCACAAAUAUUUUCUAGUAUGAGCAAGAGUUUUGUAAUCAUAAGUCGACGGUAUAUUUUCGUAGGUAUGUAUAUAGUGUACAUAAUAUUACAUUUUGAUUAUUAAAUUGGUACAAAGUAUGAACAUUUUAGUAAUAAAAUAUUAUACUCUCGAUAAUGUGGAACUACGAUAUUUAAUUCCGAAAUUAUUUACAGAUAAUUUUGUUUUAUAUUUGUAUGUAAGCGGGUUCUUGCAUAUUUGAAGUAUAUUUUUUCUGCCAGUCCGCAUUUGUACAUCAGUAUUGGCCAUCAGAUCAUCUAUUGAAACGAGAUAUUUUAAAUAAGGUUUCUAUCUAUUUAAUUUUAUGACCAUUGUAAUUUCUGAUUGUGACUGCGUUCACAUAGGGCCGGAGUACUGUCCAGCAAUUCAUAAUGUUACUUAAGAUUGAAAGUUGGCGCAGACUGACGUCGCGGCACGUCUUGGCGUGCCGUGCCAAACACCAGACGGCUGCGGUUCACCAUUUAAUUUUGUACAUUUAGUUUCCCACAAUUGAUGCAUCCAGAUCGUUUCUUUAUUUUAUCAGUUUGUAUUAAAUUUCAAGUAGAUUUCAGUCAAAUAUAUCGACACAAGUAACUUUAGACCCGCAGGGAAUGAAACCAGUUGAAUAUGAAUGAGUGGCUGAAUAUAGCGUUCUUUGAUCUGAAGCACGCUGUGUCAUGCCAAGGCGUCAGUCUACGCCGGCCUUUAUAAAUUUAAUUACCAUGUUCUCUAAGACUGUAGUGAAGAUACAUUUAAGUACUUUAUAAGCUGUUGUUUUAUUUUCUGACCAAUAACUAUGUAUUUUGUAACAGUAAGGUAGAAUUAAGUAUGCAUUCAAAGUUCAUUACAGGAAGAUGUAACAUUUUCAUAAAAGUUUUCCUACAUCUUCGUAAUUCUGUGAUUAUUUGUUAUAGUUUUAACUAGUGAAUCGAUGUAUUUGAAUUAGUCGUUUCAGUAUUGCAUGUAUGAUGAAUGUGUCGGAAAAUAAAUGUUAUUUUUUCAAUAAUU